AUGGAUUCCGAGGACAAAUCCCUCGCCGAUGUGCGUGAGGGCAAUCCCACGGCCCCAAAGAAGACCGAGGAGCCGAAAGCACCCGCCGAGAGCGGUGCCAAGUUACCAGAAGGCGAAACCACGGUCAACGAUAAGGCUGAGACCAAGAAGAAAUCCACCAAAGAGAAGCGGUCCAAGAAAUACUCGAAGCGGAAGUCGAAGAAGGCCAAAAAGGCAUCGUCGCCCGCAGAGUCUUCGUCUAGCUCCGAUAGCGAUGAUGAUGACGGUGACGGUGACGGCGGGACUUCUUCCUCGUCGUCUUCGGACGAUGACCAGUCCGAAACAGAAGCCCCGAAGAAGAACCGGGUGACCAAGAAGCGUCUGGAACCCCAGAAGGCCAAAAAGAAGGCGCGCGCGAAGAAACAUAGCAAGGCUUCAUCCAAAGCGGCAGAUCCGUCCGCGUCAGGCUCCGAUUCUGAUUCUUUGGACAGCGACGGAAGUAGCAGUUCAGACGAAGACAAGGAUGAGGUGACCAACGCGAGCCUAGCGCAGCAACUCCAACAACUUAUUCUACUCCAGCAGCAACAGCAAGGUGGCGGUUCGUACGGGUACCCAUCGGGUCACAACAACAGCAUCCCCCCUUCUGUCUACGAUACCGGACUCCGCCGCAGUGCCCCGAGGCCUCGCCGUGGGGGGGUACGCUCCUCUGGACGAGCGGCCCUCAACCUCGGUGGCGUUGACCCCAACGUUCUCUUGGACGCCAACCAGCUAAAGGACAACAAGCGGCAGAAGGCGACAAAGCUGGACUACAAGCGCGUCGACCAGGUGUGGGACGAUACAAUCCACAACUACAAACUCCAGGACACGGCCGAGGGCACAGUCGAUGCCCAGUAUGAAGAGUUCAUCUUCCACGUCCGUCGAACCUUCGACUGGGAGGGCAAAUACAAAGCCACAGUUGUCGAUAUCAAAAGCAAGUUGCUUCGUGAGUGCCUGCAGAAUGUCAUCGGGGACAUCAAGGGCGUCAGUCUCGUCGACGACACACCCAAGCUCGACCCCAACAUGCUUUUCCUGUACCUCGAGGAUCUUCGCACGCACUUGAAGGAACUGAAGAAAACCAAGGCGACCAAGGGCGACAAGCGUGAGCGUAAGAAGGAACAGAAGCGCAUUGACCAGAAGCGCCAGCAUCUGAGAGUUCUCGUCAAGUACAUCAACAAGGACUAUGCCGACAUCAAGAACAGUCUCUACCCCAUGCUGGAGAACGGGCUGAUCACAUUUGACCUGCUCUGGGCUUUGUGGAAGCCCAAUACGUUGGCUUAUACGACCACGUACGGCUCGCACGACGAACCCCGCGUCUUCAAAGUGGAAAUGGCCGAGAAACAUCACAACCUGAUGAAAGGCGACUAUUACUACCUCGAGGGCAAAUCACCAGCCUCGGAUGCUACCCCCCUUAAGUACCACAAGAACGAGGAGCAGCUGCGCAAGGACCUGAUCGAGCGUGGCAAGAAGUUCGUGUCGCUGGGAGGUGUGCACUACAAGAGCCACCAGGGGAUGGCGUACUACAAAAAGAAGAAGUCCAUCAUCAAGGUCAACAUCAACGGGCGCAUCAUGGUGGAUCCCAGCAUUCACCGGCGCAUCAACCCUAACUAUCCCAUCUCCCUUGUGCGUCCCAAGGACCAUGACCUCUUCUCCGACGAUGACGACUCGGACGAAUCUGGCUGCUGCGGGUGCGACUCGGACGAGGAGGGUGAAGGGGGCAGCGACAGCGAGAAGCCCAAGUUUAUCACCAAGGUGUACCAGGACGGCAAGGGCAAGGUGCAGUUCAUUCGCGUGCCCAAAUCGGACGACGACGAGGCUACCGGGGGAGAGAAGCUCGAUAAGAGCACCAAGGCCAAAGUGGUGCCAGAGUUCAGCGACGAAGAGUACCUGAUCGCAUCCCCCGUGGUGCUUGGCUUCGCCUUCGCCGAAAAGCUGUGGCUAGAGUUCACCGUCUCGGGGGUCAAAGAAAUCCAGUGGAACGAGACGGCUUAUGAGUCCUUGGUGCUUGAGCCCAAGACCAAGGACAUCGUCAAGGCGCUCGUUGAGUCUCACAAGUACCACGCCGCCGAGAGCAUUGAUGACGUGAUCCAGGGCAAGGGCAAAGGGCUUGUUGCUGUCCUCCACGGACCUCCCGGCACGGGCAAGACGCUAACUGCCGAAGGGAUUUCGGAGCUGCUCAAAUGCCCUCUGUACAUGGCGUCGGCCGGUGAACUGGGCACCGACUCCCGGUACUUGGAGAGUGAGCUCCAGAAGAUCCUAGACAUCUGUCACGCAUGGGGUGCGAUCCUCCUCUUGGACGAAGCCGAUGUUUUCUUGGAGAAGCGCAACAUGCAUGACAUCCACCGAAACGCGCUCGUCAGCAUUUUCCUCCGGCAGCUCGAGUACUUCCAGGGUAUUCUGUUCCUGACGACAAAUCGGGUCGAGACCUUUGACGAUGCUUUCCAGUCUCGCAUCCACAUCGCUCUGCGGUACGAUAGCCUCGACCACCGGGCUAAGAAGGCUAUCUUCAAAAUCUUUAUCGAGCGCGUGCGGGUGCUGGAGAAGAUCAACCUGAUGCCCUUCAGCGAGGAGGACUACACGGCACUGGCACGGCACGAGCUCAACGGGCGGCAGAUCAAGAACACACAUGGAGCCGCUUUCUCGGCUGGGAUCGGCACACGAGCCAGGGACAUCAUGAUCGCAACAGCUGGUGGGACGAGUCGAGACAACGACGUGCUUCUCCCGAGCUAUCGCGACGAGUCAAUUCAGUCGGCCAUUCCAGCCCAGAACGUCACUGAAGUCGCUCUCCGCAUCCGCCACUUGAUCGAGGAGUGUAUCCCGUGCGAGCUGAAGGAAAACCAUGUCACAUCCCCGCACAGCAAGGUUAUCACGUCCAAGGUUGUCCAGGCCGCCAAGGAGGCGGGUGGUCGCGAGCACGGUGCCUGUGUCGUGUAUUGCCUGCUGGUCAACAAACGCUGGUGGCGCCACCAGGCACUGGUUGAGCUGUGGGAUGCCGAUCUCCACUAUCUCCGGGCCAUCGCCUGCGAGGUCAUUGCCAAGAAGAUCAUCGAAUCCGAGGAGGAUUCCGACUACCUCUUGCACUCGGUUCUGCUCAAGCGGUAUUCCAUCUUGGUCGAUGGCCACGCAACCCACCCCGUCAAUGUCAUCGAGAAGGCGGUCGACCUCCACGCCCUGCGCGUCAUCGGCUCCUCGGGCUAUCAAAAGUGCAUCAACCACCUCUGGCGCGGAUGGCUGGUCCAGGACGAGAACGACCCGGCCACCUUCGUCGACUACAAGGAUAGGGACAACACCUCUUACGUUGCCCAUCUGGAUCCGGACCGCAUGCGCGCGCCCAUGUACCAGAAUGCCGUCCAGAUGCUCAUGUCGUUCGCCUACCUCGGCCUCUACACCGUUGCCAUGAACACCGUGAACGAGGACGGCGGUAUCGACGUCGUCGAGGUGAUACUCUAUCUCUUCACUCUGGGCUUCGUCUGCAAUGAACUCGCCAAGCUAUGGAAGGCGGGCUACCGCAUCCUGAAUUUUUGGAACGCCUUCAACUCGAUCCUGUACGGUUUGCUGAUCACCAGUUUUGUCUUCCGCUGCAUGGCCCUGAGCCACGGCCAGGGCGACCCCGACGGAUUGCGGCACAAGUACAGCACGCUGAGCUACAGCUUCCUCGCCGUGAGCGCUCCCAUGUUCUGGGGCAGGUUGCUGCUCUACCUCGAUAGCUACCGUUUCUUUGGUGCCAUGUUGGUCGUACUCAAAGUCAUGAUGAAGGAGUCCAUCAUAUUCUUCGCUCUGCUGGCCUUCAUCAUCGUUGGAUUCUUGCAGGCGUUUAUAGGACUCGACUACGCCGACGACAGGACUGUCGAGGACAUCCUCUUUAUUAUCCAGUCCAUGGCCAAUGCUGUGAUGCAGUCGCCCGACUUCAGCGGCUUUGAGAGGUUCCAGCCGCCCUUUGGCCUGAUCCUAUACUACUGCUUUACUUUUGUCGUUAUGGUCGUUCUCCUCAAUAUCUUGAUUGCGCUGUACAAUUCGGCCUACGAAGACAUCUACGACAACGCCAACGACGAGUACCUCGCCAUUUUCGCUCAGAAGACCAUGACCUUCGUCCGCGCCCCGGACGAGAACGUCUUCAUUGCGCCCUUCAACCUCAUCGAGAUCUUCGGCCUCGUCCUCUUUUUCGAGUGGUGGAUGGACAAGAAGACAUACGAGCACGUCAACGACAUUGUCAUGGGCAUCAUCUACUCGCCCCUGCUGCUCAUCUCAGCCUACUUUGAGGUGCGUUGGGCCCAGGACAUCCGCACGAACCGCGCCCGUGGCGACGCCGACGACGACACGGUCGAGGAGUGGGAGCAGAUGAUUGGCCAGUUCGACUUCGAAUCCGAUGGCUGGAAGAAGCAGGUCGACUCCGCCAAGAGCAACCUCGAGGAGGACCCCGCGGUAUCCGAGGUCAGGAUUCUGAGGGAGGAGGUAGAUAAGCUAAAGGAGAUGAUUGUGGCUUUGCAUAAAGUCGUGGCCGAGGGUAAUACCAAGACCGAGAGCAGUGAGAGCUAG